GUUUUGAAAUGUGAAGUGGAACUGAUGGCCAAAAUGGCAAAAACCAUUGACAGCUUUACUCAGAAUCAGACAAGGCUUGUUGUGAUUAUUGAUGGACUGGAUGCUUGUGAACAGGACAAAGUUUUACAGAUGCUUGAUACUGUGCGAGUCUUGUUUUCAAAAGGCCCAUUCAUUGCGAUUUUUGCAAGUGACCCACACAUCAUUAUAAAGGCAAUUAACCAGAAUCUGAACAGUGUUCUACGGGAUUCAAACAUAAAUGGCCAUGAUUACAUGAGAAAUAUUGUCCAUUUGCCUGUUUUUCUGAACAGCCGAGGGCUUAGUAAUGCAAAAAAACUGAUGGUAGCUUCAACAACCAAUGGGGAUAUUCCUUAUGCAGAUAAUGCAGGAUUGCAUGAAGAGGUUGACAGGAGGGUUUCUCAGAACAGUCUUGGAGACAUGACCAAGCUUGGUAGCAAAACUGCGCUCAACAGGCGGGUGAGAAGGAUUUUUAGACUAAAUAGAGAUACUG